AUGGAUAAAAAUUCAGUAACAGCAAAGAAUGAUAAAUUCAUGGAUAAGUUUUCCAAUGAUUACGUUCAUAUAAAUGAGCAUUUUUCAGUUCCAUUGGAUGACAUAGAAUUGUCUAAUGAUAAUAAUAAUAAUCCAAUUCAUUAUAUAAACUAUGGAAUUGAAACAUUUACAUCGCCCACAUGCUUUGCUUAUACCAUGCAUUUGUUUACUUUGAUCACUGCAAUUCUUGACCAACCAAUAAUUUAUCCUAGAGAUUUUGUUGAAAUUUAUCCCAAGUUAAAACUGUUGGAUAUUUCCACUCGUGAUAUUUCUCAAUCAGAUCGUUGUAUUUGA